AUGUGUCAGAUAAAGCUGAGGUGUUGGGGGAGUACAUACUACAGUUUGGGAAGUACAGAGGCAAGUCCUUCAGGUGGCUGCUGGAAAAUGAUGUUGGAUACACUAUGUACCUCAUCAAAAAUUUGGAAAAAGAAAAAGAGGCAGGCCAUUUCAGUACAGAGGGGAGCAGCAAAAUCAGUUUGCAGUCCUUUUUGGAAUAUGCCAUGAGCUUCAAAGAUAUUGAGGAGCUUUCAAAGUUUGAGUCUCACAAAACGAAUUCUCCCGCUGUGACCUCAGAUUGUGACACUCUGGUUGGCUUUGGUAAUCGGGCCAAAAGUACAUGGGGAGAAAUAUGGGAGAGCAGAGCUGCUGGGUAGGCUUUCUUCAUUAUGUCAAGGAAAUGUGGUACAGGUUCAAAAAUGCACAAACUGCAGCAGUACCUGCUAAUGAAAAAAGAGUCAUUGCCAUCAACCGUUACAUCACCAGCCUCUACUGCAACUCCUUACUCCCAAGAUUCACCAGCAUCAGCAGCUGUAGGAGCACCAUCUGUGUCUACUGGCAGAGGUUUUUCUCCAUCAGUUUGGCAGGACUAUUCACUGAAUUAUUCUGCCUAACAAUAUACCUUGGUUAUUAUUUUGGCCUUGUUCUGGCUUUGUUCUGGCUAUGUUCUGGCCAUGUUCCUAAUUGUUAUUUUGCUUGUGUUCUACUAACAAAAUCAAAAGGACAUGUUCAUGACAACAUGUCCAUCAAAACCUCCGUCUCCAUGAGGCACCAACACACCCUGCACGUCAGCCUGGGCCGCCAGCACCAACACGCCCUGCAUCUCAGCCUGUGCCACCAGCAUCAACACGCCCUGCAUCUCAGCCUGUGCCACCAGCAUCAACACGCCCUGCAUCUCAGCCUGUGCCACAGCAUCAACACGCCCUGCAUCUCAGCCUGUGCCACCAGCAUCAACACGCCCUGCAUCUCAGCCUGUGCCACCAGCAUCAACACGCCCUGCAUCUCAGCCUGUGCCGCCAGCAUCAACACGCCCUGGAUUUCCACCCUCACUUCCACUGCCCAGAUAUGA